CUCAAAUACCUUAUACAAGAAGCAGAGGAGAUUAUUUCUUACUUGUUAUUGAAAAUGGAGGAAAAGACAGCGAGGAGAAGGAUAGUGUUGGUUCCAGUUCCAGCACAAGGACAUAUAUCUCCAAUGAUGCAGCUUGCGAAAUCUCUUCACUUGAAGGGUUUCUCAAUUACAGUUGCUCAGACCAAGUUCAACUACUUUACCCCUUCAGAUGACUUCACUGAUAUUCAGUUUGUCACUAUUCAAGAAACCUUACCGGAGUCCGAUUUCAAGAAUCUCGGGCCAAUAGAGUUACAGCAUAAGCUCAACAAAGAGUGUCAGGAGAGCUUCAAGGACUGUUUGGGUCAGUUGUUGCUGCAACAAAGUAACAAGAUCACAUGUGUCAUCUACGAUGAGUUCAUGUACUUUGCUGAAGCUGCAGCCAAAGAGUUUAACCUUCCAAGUGUUAUAUUCAGCACCACAAGUGCCACGGCUUUUGCUUGCCGCUCUGUAUUCGACAAACUCUAUGCAAACAAUGUUCUUGCUCCCUUGAACGAUACUCUAGAAUACUAUUUUUCUGGACAAAAAGAAGAGCUAGUGCCAGAAUUUCAUCCCCUGAGAUACAAAGACUUUCCGGUUUCACGUUGGGCAUCAUUAGAAAGCAUAAUGGAGCUGUAUAGGAAUACAGUUGACAAACGGACAGCUUCCUUUGUUAUAAUCAACACGGCGAGCUGUCUUGAGAGCUUAUCUUUGUCGUGGUUACAACAAAAACUAGAGAUUCCAGUGUAUCCUAUAGGCCCUCUUCACAUGAUGGCCUCAGCUCCUACGAGUCUUCUUGAAGAGAACAUGAGUUGUAUCGAAUGGUUGAACAAACAAAAGAAAGAUUCAGUUAUAUUCAUUAGCUUGGGAAGCUUAGCUUUGAUGGAAAUCAGUGAGGUGAUGGAAACUGCUUUGGGAUUGGAUAGUAGCAACCAACACUUCUUGUGGGUGAUUAGGCCAGGGUUAGUACCUGGUUCGGAAUGGAUAGAGUACUUGCCAGAGAAGUUUAGCAAGAUUGUCUCGGAACGAGGCUACAUUGUGAAAUGGGCACCACAAAAAGAAGUCCUUGCUCACCCUGCAGUAGGAGGGUUUUGGAGCCAUUGUGGAUGGAACUCGACUCUAGAGAGUAUAGGUGAAGGAGUUCCAAUGAUUUGCAGGCCAUUUUCUGGCGAUCAAAAGGUGAACGCGAGGUACUUGGAGUGUGUUUGGAAAAUUGGGAUUCAAGUGGAAGGUGAGCUAGAGAGAGAAGCGGUGAAGAGAGCUGUGAAGAGGUUAAUGGUGAGCCAAGAAGGAGGAGAGAUGAGGAAGAGAGCCGUCAGUUUAAGGGAGAGACUUAGAUCCUCUGUUAGAGAAGGAGGCUCUUCACACAACUCGCUAGAUGAAUUUGUACACUUGAUGAAGACUAUGUGAAAAGAAACUAUAGGUUGGUGUCUGUUUACUUUACUUCUCCAUGAAUACACAAGGUUAGAAAAUAAUUAUGUUGACAAAA